GGUCCCUGCCCUUGCUCAGUGGGUUAAGGAUCUGGCGUUGUCGUGAGCUGUGGUGUAGGUUGCAGAUGCGGCUCGAUCCCGCGUUGCUGUGGCUCUGGCGUAGGCCAGUGGCUACAGCUCCGAUUAGACCCCUAGUCUGGGAACCUCCAUAUGCUGCGGGAGCGGCCCAAAGAAAUAGCAAAAAGACAAAAAAAGACAAAAAAAAAAAAUUGUACACAUCCAUGUAACUAUCACCCAAAACAAUAGAACAUUUUAAUCAGUCCAGAAAGUUCCUUUGUGCCCUCUUGUAACCAAUUCUCACCUUAUUUCACCCCCCAUAACCACUUUUGGAAUUUCUAUCAUUAUAGAAAUUGUUAGACUUUAAACUGUUAGACAAAUAAAAAUCACACAGGAUGUAUUGAAAUGGCUUGUUUCACAUAAGACACUUGAGAUUCAUUCAUGUUGUGGAUAUCAGAAUUCAUUCUUUUUUAUUGGUGGUUAAUAUUACAUUAUGUGAAUAUAUGAAAAUGUGUUUAUCCUACCUUUUUCUUAGUAAUAUUUUUCUUAUCACAAAUCAAUCCAUACUUAUUAUAGAAAAUUAUAGAAUACAAAUGAGGAAAGAAGAAAGGUAUCCAUAAUCCUACUCUCCAGACAUAAUCAUGAUUUAGUAACUUGUAUAUCCCUGUGAACCUUUGUUUAUAUAAGUUGUCCACAUAUAUAAUAUAUAUAUCAUAUUUUAGAAAAAUUCUCAUUUUAGGUUCAAGAUUUACCACUUAGACUCUAAGUCUUAAAUUGGCACAGUUCUUCAUUUUAACUAUAGAAUAUUUCCUAACCUUAAAGCAUUUAAAAAAUAAUAUAUGAAUAUAGAUUCAUGCCCCAGAUUCAAAUGAUACAUGAUAUAUAGAAUAAAAGUAAAUGUUCCUGUUCAGCUCCCUAUUUUGCUUGCCUCCCCAUAGGUAGCCAGUGUUAACCAAAUACAAAAUCUUGACCAAGACGAUAUUGAUAAGAAUCAUAAAGUACUGAAUUGUUACUUUAUAAUUUUUCUUCAUUUUUUAAUUUUUCUUUCCAAGUUUUAUUAUACAAAAAUGAUCUUUUUAUAAUACCAAAUGAUCACUUUAGGAGUAGUUCUAGUAGUCUACUAUCUGUUUUGAGAUAUGAUCUAAAUAUUUUCUCUGAGAGUGAAGAGUGCUAUCUUCAGAUUUUUUUUGAUUGUUGAAUGAUUUAUUCCUGUCUGUUGUUGAAAGCCUAGAUAUGUAUAGCUCUCUUUCAGUAUGUUGACCUUUACCAUUUUUUAAAAUUAUUUAUAUUGAUCUUUACCACUGAAGAAACAUAUUGUUUGAUGGGAAAUUGCCUUUUCUCCAUUAGUACUGACUUGUAUGUCAACUAGCUAUAUACUGUCAUUAAAGUCUAGAGGCUGCAAGUUAGAUGCAAAAUCUUAUUAAGUAAUAGAGAAUAAUACAAAGUAUUGUUUAGAGUUUGCUCCUGAAGAGCACUUUGUUUCAUUAGCAUUUUCCCCAUUGGGAAAAUAUGGCUUGCAUUAACAAAGAUGAGGCCUCGAUUAAUGUCUUAAUUUGCAGUUUUUGGUCUUUUGAGUCCUUGCUGUUCUUUAGGACAACACUUAAGACAGGGUAGGGCAGGGUAGUGACGUGGAAGUCCAGAAACUCUUUGCCUCUCUGUACAGCACUAUAGAUUCCAAAGAUUAUUACUUAAUUUCUUCUGACUCCGAAGCUCAUUUAUCACUGUAGUGAGUUUUACUUGGAACUCUAUUUUACCUUCUUGGUUUGGGGGUCAGAACUACACAUUUAGGUGAAAUCACAGAUGUGAAGUUCUGUACCCUACUAAACCCAAAGCUCUAAGGACUGACCUUAUCUCUCAUGAUGGAGCUGAUAAGAUGUUGUCUUGAUGAUUAAAUAAGAGCAAUAAAACUUCAUAUGUGCAGAGCCCCCAUCAAACUUUAAAAUUACUUUAAAAUAGUCCCAUUAUUAUAAUAUUAAAAUAAUAUUAACUAUUAUUUAGUGAGCCAAAUUCUGUUAAAGCACUUCCCCCAAAUCAUCUCGUUUAAUCCUCAAUAAGAAGUUUGGGGGUUUAUUAUGAGCUUUCAUUGAAAGUAUCUGAGGAGUUCCCAUUGUGGUGCAGCAGAAAUGAUUCCUACUAGGAACCAUGAGGUUGUGGGUUUGAUCCCUGGCCUCGCUCACUGGGCUAAGGAUCCAGCCUUGUCCUGAGCUAAGGAUCCAGCCUUGCCCUGAGCUGUGGUGUAGGUCGCAGACAUGGCUCGGAUCUCACGUUGCUGUUGCUGUGGCUGUGGUGUAUGUAGGCCAGCAGCUGUAGCUCCAAUUAGACCCCUCGUCUGGGAACCUCCAUGUGAGGCAGGUGUGGCCCUAAAAAGCAAAAAAAGGAAAAAAAAAAAAAAAGUAUCUGAAUGUCUCCAGGUUUAGAAGCGUGGGCUCUGUCCUGGAGAUGAGAUUCAGAAAUAUUUAUGACUGUUGCUGACUUUACAAGGUCAAGUUAGUGAAAUCUAGGGUUACUGUAACUGGGGAAUAAAUGUUCUGCUCUGGGGAAAUGAUUACUUGGGUCCGUUUUCCUUUCCAUCUGGAAGCUGGAUACCUCUCAAGCCAGGGAGAGAGUUUUUUAUUGUAAGUGGACGUUGACACCUCAGUUUCACCUAGACAGAAUUCCAGUUUCCCUCCUUUCUUUGCGUGCAUUCCAAGUUCUACACCCAAGGGUGGGUGUCUUACUACUGGAUAAUGUUGAAUAAUACAGGAUACUAAGUGAAGUCAGUGAAAUUCUCAGCCCCACUUCUACAGAUUGCAGCACUCCCCAACACUAGGAACUGCUUGCUCAAAUAAACAAGCCUUUUGUUCUAGUGUUUGUCUCCCUUUCCCACCCCUAAAAGAAGGCCUGAAGUCUACCUGAACCUGAAAGAGGACUUGGUGAUGGGAAUCUACUCUCAGAUGUUUACAUUCUUGAAAAAGCUCAUUUUCUCUGUUAUCUUCAAAAUCUUGGUUAACCAGCUGCAUUUAUGUGGUUUUUGUUGGACUUUCUCGGGUGACUGCUUUGUGCUAUUUCUUUUCUAAAAAAGGGCAAAUCAUGCAGGAGGCUAAACGCAACCCCAAGAUCACGUGGGGAGAAGCAUUUGUCCUCUUUUCCAGAUACUCCCGACAGGGAGAGGCUGAACUGAUCCUCCUAAUAUCCGCCCUACCUGCUCCCUCUGGUUUAUCAACCCUUUCUCCUUCGCCGCUGCUGAAGCCCCAGGGCCUUUUAAUCCAGGGACCAGACUGGGUAGGGAGAGGAGGUGGGGCAGCAGGCGGGAGGGAGGCGGCGCGCAGCGGUACCUAGUGGUGCUGCCAGGCUGCUCCAUCCAGAGUACGUGGCACUACCCGUGGAGUGAGGGGGAGGGGAUUCAGCUUACUCCUCCCCACGCAGAGCCUCGGAACAUCCCGCAGAAGCGGGCGGAAGGAUCCGUGAGGGAACUGGUGCGCUUUUUCAGUGAAAUUUUAGAAGAUGACAGUGGGCUGACAGUGGAUGGCAUCUGUCUUGCUCUCCGCGGAACCCACGCGAGCCAGGUCUGUGCUCUACGGCAAGGAGCAGUGACGGGUUUGUAGGCUAGGGGCCCGCACUCGCCGCCCCGCAUGCGCAGAACGAAGAGCCGGCCUGUCGGACUACAGUUCCCAGAGGUCUUUGCGGGUGGCCGCCGGCGCCGAGUCGCUGGCGCCAUCUUGAAAUCUGAUCCUCAAUCUCUGAGCCUUUGCGUCAGCCGCGGACGGCGGUCAGUGUAUGGUGAACCAAGCCCGCUUAAAAGGGAGGACGUUGAGGACACCGUGGCUGGCGUGAGAGACAGCUGGAGGAGACAUGGCAGGUUUCGUGCGCGGCCUGCGCUGCUGUCACACAGCAUCCCCCUGAAGUGUUUUCUCGUCCGCCCCCUCCCCGAGGGGCGGGGCUGACCACUCUGGUACCCAGAGCCCGCGCGUGGGUGACAUAGGAGCGCCCCUGCAGAGUGGGGAACCCACCAGGCUGUGCCAUGCCGGCCAGGGGCCACCGAGGCGGGAGACAGAACGCGACCAAGCGCCGCUGAGUGAUCACCAAGCAGCAGUCGCCUCAGGGCAGCUCGGUAACCGCAGGAGGGAAGAUGAAGGAGAUUUGCAGGAUCUGUGCCCGGGAGCUGUGCGGAAAUCAGCGGCGCUGGAUCUUCCACACAGCAUCCAAGCUCAACCUCCAGGUUUUGCUGUCGCAUGUCCUAGGCAAGGAUGUCUCCCGCGAUGGCAAAGGUGAGUUUGCUUGCAGCAAGUGUGCUUUCAUGCUUGAUCGGAUCUAUAGAUUCGACACCGUCAUUGCCCGGAUCGAAGCCCUUUCUAUUGAGCGCUUGCAGAAGCUGCUGCUGGAGAAGGACCGCCUCAAGUUCUGCAUUGCGAGCAUGUAUCGGAAGAAUAACGAUGACACUGGCCCGGAGACCAAGGCGGGGAAUGGAACUGUUGACAUUUCCGGCUUACCCGAUGUGAGAUACUCUGCACUGCUCCAGGAAGACUUUGCCUAUUCAGGGUUUGAGUGUUGGGUAGAAAAUGAGGAUCAGAUUCAGGAGCUACAUAGCUGUCAUGCUUCGGAAGGCCCUGGUAACCGACCCAGGAGAUGCCGUGGCUGUGCAGCUUUGCGGGUUGCAGAUUCUGACUAUGAAGCUAUUUGUAAGGUGCCUCGAAAGGUGGCCAAAAGUAUCUCAUGUGGCCCUUCUACCAGGUGGUCCACCAGCAUUUGCACUGAAGAACCAGCUUUGUCUGAAGUUGGGCCACCGGAUUUAUCAAUUUCUAAGGUUCCCCCAGAUGGAGAAAGCAUGGAGGAAGAGACACCGGGAUCCUCUGUGGAGUCUUUGGAUGCAAGUGUCCACGCUAGUCCUCCACAACAAAAGGAUGAGGAACCUGAGAGAAGUGCAAAGGAACUUGUAAAGUGUGACUGUUGUUCAGAGGAACAGGCUUCACAGCAUACGUGUAACCCCAAGCUGGAGCUAGUUCUUAGCAUGAUUAAAGGUCUUGAUUAUAAGCCUAUCCAGAGCCCCCGAGGGAGCAAGCUUCCUAUUCCAGUGAAAUCCAGCCCACCUGGAGCCAGGCUCGGCCAUGUCAUGACAGAUGGAGUUAGUUCUGGCUUCCUUAACAGGUCUUUGAAACCCCUUUACAAGACACCUGUGACUUAUCCCUUGGAGAUUUCAGACCUGCAAGAGCUGUGGGAUGAUCUCUGUGAAGAAUAUUUGCCACUUCGGGUCCAGCCUGUGACCAUGACUGAAGAGUUACUCAAACAACAAAAGCUGAAUUCAGAUGAGACUGCUAUAACUCAGCAGUCUGUAUCUGAUUCCCAUUUGGCAGAACUCCAGGAAAAAAUCCAGCAAACUGAGGCCACCAACAAGAUUCUUCAAGAAAAACUGAAUGAAAUGAGCUGUGAACUAAAGUCUGCUCAGCAGUCAUCUCAGAAGCAAGAUAGUACAAUUCAAAGCUUCAAGGAAACUCUGAAAAGCAGGGAAAGCGAGACUGAGGAGUUGUACCAGGUGAUUGAAGGUCAAAACGAAACAAUGGCAAAGCUUCGAGAAAUGCUGCACCAGAGCCAGCUUGGACAACUGCAUACCUCUGAGGGUACUUCCCCAGCUCAGCAACAGGUGGCUCUGCUUGAUCUUCAGAGUGCUUUAUUCUGCAGCCAGCUUGAGAUCCAGAAGCUUCAGAGGGUGGUACGACAAAAAGAACGGCAGCUGACUGAUGCCAAACGCUGUGUGAGAUUUGUAGAGGCGGCGGCAGAGGAGAGAGAGCAGCAGAAAGAGGCUUCUUGGAAACAUAACCAGGAAUUGCGAAAAGCCUUGCAGCAGCUACAGGGAGAAUUGCAGAAUAAGAGCCAACAGCUUCAUACUCUAGAGGCUGAAAAAUGCAAUGCGAUUAGAAUCCAAGAGCAACACAUUCAGCACCUCAACCACAGUCUGAGUCACAAAGAGCAGCUGCUUCAGGAAUUUCGGGAACUCCUGCAGUACCGAGAUAACUCGGACAAAACCCUUGAUGCGAAUGAAAUGUUGCUUGAGAAACUUCGGCAAAGAAUCCAAGAUAGAGAUGUUGCUCUAGAGCGGGCUAUAGACGAGAAGUUCUCCAGUCUAGAAGAAAAAGAAAAGGAACUACGCCAACUUCACCUUGCUGUGAGGGAGCGAGAUCAUGACUUAGAGAGACUGCGAGGUGUUCUCUCCUCUAAUGAAGCUACUAUCCAGAGUAUGGAGAGUCUCCUGAGGGCCAAAGGCCUGGAAGUGGAACAGUUAUCUGCUACCUGUCAGAACCUCCAAUGGCUGAGAGAAGAAAUGGAAACCAAAUUUAGCCAUUGGCAAAAGGAGCAAGAAAGUAUCAUUCAGCAGUUGCAGACAUCUCUGCAUGACAGGAACAAAGAAGUGGAGGAUCUUAGUGCAACGUUGCUCUGCAAACUCGGACCAGGGCAGAGUGAGAUAGCUGAGGAGCUGUGCCAGCGUCUACAGCGAAAGGAGAGGAUGCUGCAGGACCUUCUAAGCGAUCGAAACAAACAAGCAGUGGAAUAUGAAAUGGAGAUUCAGGGCCUGCUUCAGUCCAUGAGCACCAGGGAGCAGGAGAGCCAAGCUGCUGCAGAAAAGAUGGUACAAGCCCUAAUGGAAAGAAAUUCAGAAUUACAGGCCCUGCGCCAGUAUCUGGGAGGGAAAGAUUUCACAAUGUCCCAAGCACUCAUCUCUAACCGACCAGCCGAAGUUACCUCCAUCAGCCCCCAUCUUGGAGAGCAGACUGAUCAAGGUUUGAUGCAUAUACCCUCCAGAGAUGAUAGCACUUCAUUGACUGCCAAAGGGGAUGCCAGCAUACCCAGGUCCUCAGGAGGAGACUUGGAUACAGUCACAGGGCUAGAAAAAGAACUGAGCAGUGCCAAAGAGGAACUUGAGCUCAUGGCUAAAAAAGAGAGAGAAAGUCGGAUGGAGCUUUCUGCCCUCCAGUCCAUGAUGGCCGUGCAAGAGGAAGAGCUGCAAGUGCAGGCUGCUGAUCUGGAGUCUUUGACCAGGAACAUACAGAUUAAAGAAGACCUCAUAAAGGACCUGCAGAUGCAGCUGGUUGAUCCUGAAGACAUCCCGGCUAUGGAACGCCUGACCCAAGAAGUCUUACUCCUUCGGGAAAAAGUUGCUUCAGUGGAAUCACAGGGUCAGGAAACUUCUGGAAACCGAAGACAACAAUUGUUGCUGAUGCUGGAAGGACUGGUAGAUGAACGGAGUCGACUCAAUGAAGCCCUACAAGCAGAGAGACAGCUCUAUAGCAGUCUGGUGAAGUUCCAUGCACAUCCAGAGAGCUCUGAGAGAGACCGAACUCUGCAGGUGGAACUAGAAGGGGCCCAGGUGUUACGCAGUCGGCUAGAAGAAGUCCUUGGAAGAAGCCUGGAGCGCUUAAGCAGGCUGGAGACCCUGGCCGCCAUUGGAGGUGCAGCUGCGGGGGACGACACGGAGGACGCGAGCACAGAGUUCACCGACAGUAUUGAGGAGGAGGCUGCGCACAAUAGCCACCAGCAGCUCAUCAAGGUGGCUUUGGAGAAAAGCCUGGCAGCUGCGGAGACCCAGAGCGCAUCUCUCACACCCCCUUUCCCGGCAGGAGGGGACAGUAACAGGGGUCUUCAGGAGGAAAUGCUCCACCUGAGGGCUGAGGUCCACCAGCACUUAGAGGAGAAGAGGAAAGCUGAGGGGGAGCUGAAGGAGCUAAAGGCUCAAAUUGAGGAAGCAGGAUUCUCCUCUGUGGCCCACAUCAGGAACACCAUGCUGAGCCUUUGCCUUGAGAAUGCAGAGCUGAAAGAGCAGAUGGGAGAAGCAAUGUCUGAUGGAUGGGAGAUGGAGGAAGACAAGGAGAAGGGCGAGGUGAUGGUGGAGACUGUGGUUGCCAAAGGGGGUCUGAAUGAGAACAGCCUUCAGGCUGAAUUCAGAAAGCUCCAGGGAAAACUGAAGAACGCCCACAAUAUCAUCAGCCUCCUCAAAGAACAGCUGGUGCUGAGCAGCAAGGAAGGGAAUAGUCAACUUAGUCGCGAGCUCCUUGUGCACCUGGCCAGGGAAAUCGACAGGAUGAACACGGGGCUGGUUUGCGCUCCUGGAAAGCACCGAUGCCAAGAAGAGGAGGAUGUAACCAUGAGGUCCUGCCCCAGGCCCCAGAGCCUUGACCUGGGGACUGCCCUCACAGAGGAUGCCCACCAACUGGAUAACGGGCCCCAGGCCUGUGACCCUGGGCCUCAGUCAGAAUUUAGCCUCCUGGGAUCCACCAAGCACCUGCGCUCCCAGUUGGCACAAUGCAGACAACGCUAUCAAGAUCUCCAGGAGAAGCUGCUGAUAUCAGAAGCCACUGUCUUUGCCCAAGCUAACCAGCUGGAGAAAUACAGAGUCAUGCUGAGUGAAUCCCUGGUGAAGCAGGACAGCAAGCAGGUGCAAGUAGACCUCCAGGACCUGGGCUAUGAGACUUGUGGCCGAAGUGAGAAUGAGGCUGAACGGGAGGAGAGCACCAGUCCUGAGUGUGAGGAGCAUGACAGCCUCAGGAAAACAGUCCUAAUGGAGGGGCUGUGUUCUGAGCAAGGACACCUGGGCUCCACACUGGCCAGCCCCCCUGGCAAGAAGCCUUUGGAGAACCAGCAGGGGAAGCCGGAGGAGUUCCAGGCAUAUGGAAAGUCAGAAGACAUAUGUGUCCUACGUAAGGACAUCAAAGACCUGAAGGCCCAGCUGCAGAAUGCCAACAAGGUCAUUCAAAACCUGAAGAGCCGGGUCCGGUCCCUCUCAGUUACAAGCGAUUAUUCAUCUAGUCUGGAGAGACCCCGGAAGCUGAAGGCUGCUGGUACCCUUGAGGGAUCUUCACCGCACAGUGUCACUGAUGAGGACGAAGGGUGGCUGUCUGAUGGCACAGGGGCUUUCUACCCCCCAGGGCUUCAGGCUAAAAAGGAUCUGGAGAGUCUGAUCCAGAGGGUAUCCCAGCUGGAAGCCCAGCUUCCAAAAACUGGAACAGAAGGGAAGCUGGCUGAGGAGCUGAGAUCAGCCUCGUGGCCUGGGAAAUAUGAUUCCCUGAUUCAGGACCAGGCCCGAGAACUCUCUUACCUACGCCAGAAAAUACGAGAAGGGAGAGGUAUCUGUUAUCUUCUUACCCAGCAUGCGAAAGACACAGUAAAGUCUUUUGAGGACCUCCUAAGGAGCAAUGACAUUGACUACUACCUGGGGCAGAGCUUCCGGGAACAACUUGCCCAAGGAAGCCAGCUGACAGAGAGGCUUACCAGCAAACUCAGCACCAAGGAUCAUAAAAGUGAGAAAGAUCAAGCUGGACUUGAGCCGCUGGCCCUGAGGCUCAGCAGGGAGCUGCAGGAGAAGGAGAAAGUGAUUGAAGUCCUACAGGCCAAGCUGGACGCCCGGUCCCUAACGCCCUCCAGCAGCCAUGCUUUGUCUGACUCCCACCGCUCUCCCAGCAGCUCCUCCUUCCUGUCUGAUGAGCUGGAAGUCUGCUCUGACAUGGACAUAGGCAGCGAAUACACACACUAUGAAGAGAAGAAAGCUUCACCUGGUCACUCAGAUUCCAUCCAUCACUCAAGUCAUUCUGCCGUACUGUCUUCUAAACCAUCAGCAACCAGUGCAUCUCAGGGGGUUAAGGCCGAACCCAGCAGCAAUCCCAUCAGCUUGCCUGCUCCCCCGAAUCCCCCCCAGGAGGCCAGCCAGGCCCAUCCAGGCCUUCAUUUCCAAUCCAUACCCUCGCGGGUUAGCCUUCCCCAGGCACCACUGCCCUCAGCUCCACCCAGCUUCCUGCCUGUCAGCUCUGCUGGCCCUCCCCUGCUUGGCUGCUGUGAGACACCCAUGGUCUCCUUGGCCGAGGCUCAGCAGGAGCUGCAGAUGCUGCAGAAGCAGCUGGGAGAAAGUGCAAGCACUGUUCCUACUGCUUCCCCAGCUACGCUGCCAAACAGCCACUUAGAAGCCACCUCUUCCCACUACCUCAAACCUGCCCAGCCCCUGUCUCCUCCAAGGGGCACCACAGAACUGGGUGGAAUACUGGAGCCUGGACACCUGGGCAGCAGUGGCCAGUGGGACCUGAUGAGGCCUCAGAAAGGGAGCAUAAAUGGGGACCUGUCCUCAUGUUUCUCCAUGUAUCAGCUCAACUCCAAACCCACAGGGGCUGACUUGCUGGAAGAGCAUCUUGGUGAAAUCCGGAAUCUUCGCCAGCGCCUGGAGGAGUCCAUCUGUAUUAAUGACCGCCUGAGGGAGCAGCUGCAACACAGGCUCAGCUCCACUGCCCGUGGAAGAGGAUCCCCCUCGACCUUCUCCAGUCCGGGCCUGGAGUCCACACCUCAGCUCUACAAUGAGAACAGAGUCCUGAGGGAAGAAAACCAGAGCCUUCGGGCUCAGCUGGGUCACGUUUCCAGAGCAGAGCACUCCCAGGAAACAGAAUGCCUGAGGGAGGCUCUGUUGACCUCUCAAUCCCGGCUUCAAGAACUGGAGAUGGAGCUGGAGCACCAGAAGGUGGAACGGCAGCAGCUUUUGGAAGACUUGAAGGAGAAGCAGCAGGAGAUCUUGCAUUUCCAGGAGGAACGACUGUCUCUCCAGGAGAAAGACUCCAGGCUGCAGCAUAAGCUGGCCCUCUUGCAGCAACAGUGUGAAGAGAAACACCAGCUCUUCCAGUCCCUCCAGUCAGAGCUACAGAUCUACGAGGCACUUUAUGGAAAUUCCAAGAAGGGGCUGAAAGCUUACACCUGGGAUGCCUGUCACCAAGUCACUUUAAGCAGUGACUUGAGCCACCUGGUGGCAGAGAUCCGAGCUUUGAGAGGCCAGCUGGAGCAGAGCAUUCAGGGGAACAACUGCCUGCGACUGCAGCUUGAACAGCAGUUGGAUGGUGGCUCCAGGAAAGCCAGCCUCAGCCUCUCCUCCGUCAACCAGAACUUCCCUGCCAACACUGACUCUGGAAGCAAGCAGCCACUCUUCCAAGAUUCAGUUGCCUCCCCUCCAGUUCGGGAUGUGGGCAUGAAUUCUCCAGCUCUGGUCUUCCCCAGCUCUUCUUCUGCUCCUCCUGGCUCAGAGACCACAACCUUCAAUAGGACAAAUGAGCUGGGUUUGGAUGCUUCUCCAGUGAAGAAGAACCCUCACCCUCCCAAGCUGGAAGGUGAUGCUACUGACGGCUGCUUUGCCAAUAAGCAUGGCCGCCAUGUCAUUGGACACAUUGAUGACUACAGUGCCCUAAGACAGCAGAUUGAGGAGAGCAGACUGCUGGUCAAGAAGAUAGCAUCUCUCAUGAGAUCAACCUGCAACUUUCCUGGCCUUGAAGCUCCAGGCCCAGAGGAGAUGGGCAGCAAAGGUGUCCAUGAGCUCCUGAGCAGCACCAACACUCUGCACCAGCGGCUGGAGGAGUCGACCUCCCUCCUCACCAUGUUCUGGCGAGCAGCCUUGCCAAGCUCCCAAGGCCCUGCACUGGCUGGCAAAGUGGGAGAGUCCGUGAAAAGGGAGCUUCUGGAACUGAAAACCAAACUAUCCAAACAGGAGAGUCUACUUCAAAGCACGACCGAGCGUCUAAAGACUGCCAACCAGCAGAAGGAGAGCAUGGAGCAGUUCAUCUUCAGCCAGUUGACCAGGACUCAUGAUGUUUUGAAGAAGGCAAGGACUAACUUGGAGAAGAACACUUACAAGAUUGCCUCCAUAAAGCCUUAUUCCUGUCCCAGCAAAGGAGCCAUACAAGACUCGAAGCCACUCAAAACAGCAGGAAGGAUGGGCCUGCCCGCCUUUUGCACAGCUCCCUGUCUGCUGAGGAGGACCAGGGUCCCCUCCUCUACACCUGAUGAAAGAAGUCAGAGAUGUAGCCUGGUGGGGCAGGGCGAAAGGCAGAGGGCCUUCCCUGUACUUGUGGCAUAACCAGCCGCAGUUGCGGAAUAACCUGGCCCACUUGGCCCAGCGCUAAGCAAAACAUGCAUAGCUUGUAGAGGACCUCGUGACACUGCUUCUGAACACGCCUAAGGCAUGGGAACCAGCAACAGCACAUUUCUCACCUCAGCACCCAUCCUCAGCAGGUCAACUCGGGGGGAGGAGGGCCUGCCUCCUAGGAAUGGGACAUGAGGUCCCGACACUGGAGCUCCUGGGCAGAUCUAAAAGCACAGGACUGAGCAGCAGUGCCCUGCUGGACAGUGUGGCCUGGGCCCUACGACCUAACUGGGGGCCAGCACAGCUGAGUCACAAUCAGGCUGGGCAUCAGUCUACACUGCAGCACCUGAGUUAUUUGAAUCCAUGUGGUGAGAGGUGACUCCGAGAUGCCAUCUCAUGCUCAGCCUGUACCUCCUGUUUCUAUUCCUUCGUGAUCUCCAAAAAAGUGUUCUGACCUCACUCUGAAGAUACUGUCCCAUUUUGUCCUCCUACCUUCUCUCUGGAACUGGGGACUGAUGGCCACACCAAGCCCACCGAAAGUCUUGUGUAAAGCAAACCAGUGAUCAUUUUAAGUGAUAUAUCUGAGGGCCCCAAUUGUGCUAAAGCAUAGUCUGUAUCUUUACAGUGCUUUAGAAUGUCUGUAUGUGUGUAUAAAUGUAUCAUACAUAUUUAUAUAUGUUGCUAUAGCAGUAUGUGUGUAAGCUAACAUAACUGGUGGACAGGGUCAGGGAGAGAAAAUGAAAACGUCUUGUUGGUGGCUAUUAAAGGAAAAUAUGUAUACAGAAAUAAAA